CAUCCAACUCUCCUCUCCAUUGCACUCGGCAGUCACCAUGGCCGACAAAUCCAAUCUCCUCAUAUUCGGUGCCACCGGCAGCAUUGGCAAAUACAUCAUAGAUGCCAUCGUCAACGCCCGCGACUCCUUUGGUCGCAUCGCCAUCUUCACCAGCCCCAACACCCUCACCAGCAAGCCCGACGAGAUCAACGCGCUCCGCCACAAGGGGGUCGACAUUUUGGUCGGCAACAUUGCCAAUCGCGACGAGGUGCUGAAAGCCUACGACGGCGUCGACACCAUCAUCUCCGCGCUCGGUCGCGGCGCCAUUGCGGCCCAGAUUCCCCUCAUCCAGCUGGCCAACGAAACCCCCAAUAUCAAGCGCUUCCUCCCCUCCGAGUAUGGCACCGACAUCGAAUACAGUCCCGCCUCGCAGCACGAGAAGCCCCACCAACAGAAGCUGAAGGUCCGCGCUGCCCUCAAGGAGGUGCGCAGUGACCUCGAGUAUGCCUACGUCGUGACCGGACCCUAUGCGGACUUUCCCUUCUACCUGGGUCGCUCGCGGUCCCCUAGGGGUGGUACAUUCGAUGUGGUCGCCAAGAAGGCUGUGCUGUUGGGUGAUGGACAGGGUCGGAUUAGUUUGACCGCCUGUGCGGAUGUCGGGAAAUUCGUUGCGCACACCCUCACCCACUGGGAUGCGGCCCGCAACCGCGCCCUCAAAGUCAACUCGUUUACCACCACCCCGGCUGAGAUAUUAGCUGUGUUUGAGACACACACGAAAAGUACAUGGUCUGUCGAAUACACCCCGCUGGACGAGUUGCGGGCGCUUGAGAAGGAAGCCUGGGACAAUGGUGCUCCCGAGGCGACAGUCUACACAUUGCGGCGGAUCUGGACCGAGGGAGGCACCCUGUACGAUCGUCGGGACAACGAGGAUAUCGGCGUGACGCAGACGACGACGCUGUCCGAGCUCGUGGAGGACUCGAUCCGCAAGCAGGUCGAGGAACUUGCGCCCAAGCAUUGAGAUAUGACAUAGGCAUGUAACGAAUAGGGUAUAAUCUUGAUUACGUCUGUAGCAGUGCCUGUCUAAUUCAU